AUGGGCUUCCUGCUCAUCGUUCUGCGUCAUCGAACCAAGCCCCUUGCGUUAUCGACAAAUACCAAUUUCCCGAGUGAUAGCUGCGUAUCAGUUCCUCAAGACGCUGAACCCCCUUCGGAGGGCUCUGUCGCAAGUCCGGUGCCAGAGACAACUGAAAAUUCAAUACCGGGUAAAAGAGGUUUGGCCUAUAACGAUGCGUCACUCACCUACCUCUUCGCAAACCAGUCCUCCGUGAGCUGGGGUUACAACUGGGCGUCAUUCGCCAACGGCUCUCUUCCCUCCAACCUUGAAUUUAUCCCGACGCUCUGGGGCCUUGGUGAAGACGAGACUUCUUCGUGGUUUACGCAGGCCUCCUCAGCCAUCAGCUAUGGAUCCAAACAUCUCUUCUCUUUCAAUGAACCCGAUACAGA